AUGUUGGGUGGGUUUCCGAUCUUCUUGGUAGUGAGAGUUCUGGGUUUCAUCAUUGCGGCUUUGGUUUUGACAUGGACUGUUCAAUACAGAGGAGGGUUAGCUCUAGCUUCCGAUAACAAAGAUCUCAUCUUUAAUGUUCAUCCAGUUUUGAUGGUGAUUGGACUCAUUCUCUUCAAUGGAGAAGCAAUGUUGGCGUACAAGUCAGUUCAAGGCACAAAGAACUUGAAGAAACUGGUUCAUCUUACGCUACAAUUCACAGCCUUUAUCCUAAGCCUAAUCGGAGCAUGGGCUGCUCUCAAGUUCCAUCUCGACAAAGGGAUCGAAAACUUCUACAGUCUCCAUUCUUGGCUCGGCCUCGCUUGUCUCUUUCUUUUCGCCUUCCAGUGGGCUGCAGGGUUUGUGACUUACUGGUACCCGGGCGGUUCGAGAAACAGCCGAGCCAACUUGAUGCCAUGGCACGUGUUCUUGGGGGUUUACAUAUACGCAUUGGCCAUAGUGACUGCAACCACAGGGAUACUCGAGAAGGCGACUUUCUUGCAAGUGAACCAGGUGAUCACUCGGUACUCCACAGAGGCGAUGAUGAUUAACACCAUGGGCGUUCUGAUUGUUGUUCUCGGCGGUUUCGUGGUGCUCGCUGUGGUUACUCCUGUCAACGGCAAAGACCAUGUCCUUACACAAUAG